AUGUUUAUUCCAGCAGUGAUAGUAGCAAUUUAUUAUCGUUUAUAUAUUGAAGCGUUGUUUUAUCAUGCCUGUGAUCAAGCAAUUUAUAACUUUUGUAUGUUUAAAUAUGAUGGUUUACAAUUAGCAGAUUUUAUUGGUUCAUAUGCAUCAUUUGUUAUAACAUUAAUAACAAUGUCAAUUAUUCCACGAUCAAUAAAAGCAUUUCUUCUUAUGUUAGGUGUAUUGGCAUGUGUUGCUAUUAAUUCCCGUGAUCGUUUUGAUCAUUUACAGUUUAUUGCUUUAACUGUUAUUACAUUUAUGUUUACUAUUACAACGUGGGUAGUUGCUUCAAUUAAAAAACAUCGUCUGCAACCAUCUUUUAAACAUCUUUUAUUAAUUACACCUGGACUUUUAUUAGCCAUUACAGGUCUUCUUUUAUUUGUUUUUGCUGAAACAGAAGAUAAUUAUUGGUAUAUACAUAGUUUAUGGCAUAUAUUUAUGGCAAUUUCAAUCUUAUUCUUUCUUCCGAAGAAAAUAAAACAAAAUACGCGAAUCAAACAAUCCCGUGAAAUUAAUUCAAAUACAUCUUAUUCACCAGGUGGUAUUGUUAAUGAAGGAGCAACGGUACCUAACGAUCAGCAAGACAACACUCAUGAAACAAAUUGA